CGCAAGAUCGAGUUCACCGUAUCGGUCAAACGAAACCUGUUAUAAUUUAUCGACUGGUCACUGCAAAUACGGUCGAAGGUAAGAUCUUAGAGAAGGCGACUGCCAAACGAAAGUUAGAGAAAUUGGUCAUUCACAAGGGCAAGUUCAAGUUGCCAACAUCACGUGAUCUACCAAUAGCAAACUUGGCGGAAUUAGCUGAAAUAUUAAUGGCAGAUGAUAGUGAAAAGUUUCAAUUAGCACAACACGGAGACGCUGUAAUCCCAGAAUCUGAUUUAGUGCGGUUAAUGGAUCGGAGUGAUACAGCUUUCGAAAAAAUUGGCACUGCGGAGGCGCAAGAAGAAAAGGGUGUUAUGUUCAAAGUAAUCUCUGAA